UUGCACACGCAUACACACGCCAUCACGCCCCCCCCUGCAUUGCCAGUUGCGAAGAGGAAAUGAGCCUUCCCGCUGCCGCCAUGAGGCCCCUGCUCUUCCUGCUCCUGCUCCUGGCUCCAGUUUUGGCCCAGGAAGAUGGUGUCACCACGACCCUCUGGCUGGACACGGCCUUGGCCUCCAUGGGCCCCGGCUCCAACCCCACCAUGGCCACCCCUACCCAUAGCACUGGAUCCAGGGCUGAUGAGACCACCCCAAGGCCCCGCAGUGAGGACCCGGGGGCCCAUGGCCCAACCAGACGCCCCCAGAAGCCUGAUGCCCCCCAACUACCGCACCGGGACAAGAGGCCGCCAGGGUCCGGUGCAGACCAGAGCCAGAAGGAGGACGUGUUCACCUAUGAUUACAGUGCCCUGCGCCAGUGGGGGCUGAUUGCGGCUGCUGUGCUCUUUGUCACUGGCAUCCUCAUCCUCACCUGCGCCUGCCCCCCCAACCUCCGGAGGACACCUGUGUUCUCCCGGCUUGGGGGGCCGGGCUGGAUCCCCCAUUACCCCCCUCCACAGUGA